GUGAACGUUUGACAGGGAGCGUCGCGGUCCUCUGAACUGUAUUAAGCGGGGACGCGCGGUUCGGGGUUGUCAAGGUAUCCAUUCAACGGUGCAUGGCCCCGUGCUCUCAUAUCAUGAAUUCCAUCCAGGAGUCCCUCUCCCAAGAGAUAAACGCGAACGAGAAGGAAAGCACAGAGAAGGAAGACAUUCGGUCAAAGGAAAAGAGCACCGCUAAAGGAUUUAAGUGCAAGUCUUUCACUCUGCCUUUUAGUGUCGAAUCGCUCAUUUCAAACAGAUCCCCAUGCCGGACUCAAUAUUCGUCCGCUGAACUAGGUGUGCUUCCACCCACGUCCGCGGCAGAACAGCCGAGGCAACACUCUCCGAGGACAAUUUACGCGGAGAAUGGCCUUUCCCCGGAGAGACUCCCAAAUGUACCCGACUGCCCGAAAAACGAGAGUGAAGACCUCCACGAUAACGACCAGAGCACUUGGUUUCAGACUUCAUCGUUCGCUACUCCUACAAGGAAUGUCAGCCCACCGCCUUGUCCGCUUCGGAAACACAAGAACAACAGAAAACCUCGAACGCCGUUCACUACUUCGCAGUUGCUCGCCCUGGAGAGAAAGUUUCGCCAGAAACAGUACUUGUCUAUCGCUGAGCGGGCGGAAUUUUCAAAUUCUCUGAAUCUUACGGAGACGCAGGUCAAAAUUUGGUUCCAAAAUAGAAGAGCGAAAGCCAAGAGACUGCAAGAAGCCGAACUGGAAAAAUUCAAACUUGCAACGAAGCCGCUCCUGCCGGCUUUCGCUUUCCCCUUCCCGCUGGGAGCGCACAUGGGAUCUCCGUCGUUGUAUGGACCUUCAAAUGCCUUCCCGAGACCUGCUUUACCAGUUCCUGGACUUUUCAGUGGACCUGUCACCUAUGGAAUGUAUUAUUUGUCUUAAUUAGGCGAAGCACGAUAGAGAAAAUGCAAUAUAUAGAGUCUAUUAUUUGGGUCUCAACUCAGGCCCUUAUGCGCAAUGAUGCAGUGAGUUGUCAUCUGUCUGUACAUGUUUCUCGGCUCAUAACAAUUGUCACUCAUUAAUACUUCCACACUGAACAUAUUUUUUGUUAGAAAAUAAUUUAUCAAGCACACUAAUAUGCCCAGUGGGUAUUCGAAGACGUAACUAUAUGGAAUGUCCUCUGUUUGCAGUUGCUUUAGGAUGAAUGCUGUUGUUUUUGAUCAUUUAAGCAAAUGCCUUUGUGCCUCUUCCAGAUUUCUGCACCAACUUCAGCACCAGUCUAAUGCUUUCGUUAAGAGGGGACAUGACAUUGCCGUUUGUGUGCGAUGUCAUUUGUUUUGGAAUUCAUUUUGGUAUUAAGAUGCAGAAAUAAAAUUGCAUUUAACCCAAUCCACGAGUCAACUGUGUAGGAUUUUAGCAAAUUGCCACAAAGCAAACCUUUUUGUAUAAGAACAUUUCUUGAAUUUAAUUAGUACUUUCAGAAACCAAAUAUUUAUCAGCUUUGAGCAAAGAUUUUUAGAGUUACAAUUCUUUCUAUUCGACAAAACAUUUGGAAAUUAUUUCUGUUUAAAGAAGAUAUUGAUCUAUUAAUAUGCGAAUUUUAUAUGACGUCAAAGUUUUUCUCUAAAAUAUAUAAGGGCUACUAUUUUUUUUUAAAUAUAAUGUUUGAAGCCCCAUUUGUUCGUCCAAACGUUGCAAUACAAAUUAUUGUGCCUUCCCGUUUACACUGGGGUCUAUUGUGUAACCUAUUUUAAAACCUGGAAACGUUACUAGCAAAAAAAUAAAAUAAAAUAACAAAAACUGUACACUUAAUGCGUUUCGAUAACUGUUGUAUAGAGGGUGUUUUGAUGUUCUGCAAAUGGACAUAUUUUUAACAUCCAAACUGGAGCGAAAAGUACUGUAAGUUCAGAUGCAUUAUGAAUGGUUAAUAUUGGUUUUCUAUUCUUUGUGUAAAACAUACUGUUCUAUUGUAAAUAGGAAAUUUUGACUAUUGCCCAUGUACUUUUGCAAUUUGAUUUUUUUUAAAUAAACACGAUUGUUAAUAUUUAUAAAAAUGCUUGUGUUUUGUGUACUAUGUACAUGUAUAUAUCUUAAUUGUACUUAGCACACAUAUAACACAAAAUCUUUUUUAUAAAUAAUGUUUGUGUUUAUGUACUAUGUACAUGUAUAUAUGUUAACUGUAAAGAUAAGUUAGA